AUGUCCUCGGCGAGCGGCCGCGACCCCGGCGAGGGUUUGGCACAGCCAAGUCGAGAGGACGAUGGUGAUCUCGAUGCUGGGCAGAGAGAGCUGACGGCACGGCUGGCCACAAUGUCGGAGACAGAGCCGGAGAGAUUCCACGGGUGCUUGCACGAAAUCCAGGAGACGCUGGGCAUGGACGAAGUUGUGGAGCAGAUGCACCUUCUCAAUGAGCAUACCAAGGCUGCCGUCGACCAGCUGCUCUCCGACGAACGUGCGUUGCAAGUGCCAGAAGAAGUGGAUACUCAUAUCAAUGCGGAGAACGAUGUCUGGAUCCCCCUCAAUCCAGCACCUGCAGGGUCCAAUGCCAAGCGGUGUACGGAAGUGGGUGGCACGACUGGAAUUCCAGGAACCGUGCACGUGCACAUACUGCUCUGGCUGGAAAACAUGGCAUCCAUGAGCCUCUCCGAAAACAUCCGGGCGGAUCUUCCCGAUGAGUCGGAGCCGGAGUUGCGAGAUCUGGUGCGUGGCUCGCAGUUGGAUUGGACGAGCAGUGGCUGGCCCGUUCGCAGGGAACCCACCAAGGUAUCCGAAAGCUCGGGGUUGCUGGAACUUCGACAUCCGCAAGAUGCUCACGACCAGCACUGUCGAGCCUAUCUCACAGACGUGCUCGCCGCCUUGCACUGCCACACGGACGUGGUUGCGUCUGACGGCCGAGCAAUGAUCCUGAAGUAUUGCGCAAGUUACCUUCCGAAGUUUUCCAGCUCCUUCGCGCAGGAAUUGCUCAACGAUCAAGCCAGUGGCUUCGCUCUGGCGAGGCGCAUCCUGUCCGACUAUCACCCACUGCAACCUGAAAUGGUCAUGCAGCUAGCAGCACAGCAGCACCCUCAAUUCCUGUGCCCGGCGGUCGUCCGCAAGUUCGUGGUGCCGGUGCCCUGGAACAAGGAGAUGCCGCAGGAGGUUCGGAAUUAUAUGGAUUGCUCCUGGCGACGAAGAAGCAUGAGUCUCAUCGAAUACCUACGGGUGUCCGGCUCGGGUGGACAAAUUGCCCAGCGCUACCGGCGGCUACACAAGGCUCGCAAGGUCGAAAUGCCGCUGACGCACUGGAUCAACACUCUUACAGCGGAAGGAGAAGUUCUGGUCGCCUGCAUCAUGUACUCCUGCUACAGUGACUUCCAUUUCGGACAGUGGCUACUGUUGCACGUACCUUUCCGAGACGUAGCCGACCUCUGGGACGACCGAGCUACCUGCCUUCCACAGGAGCUUCGCUUCCUUGGCCUCUGCCUUCUACGCCGACCGGACUUUUGGCGAAACCCGCGUCGCAUCGCAAGCGAACUGCAGCUGGAGGCCAGGACCGACUUGUACAUCACCAACGCGCUGGAGGUGAUACGGGCCAGAACGGAGCUCAUCGACGCAUACUUUGCAGGAGAAGUCCCUGCUCCGGCGCGACUGCCAAGAUCCGAGGCGGCAGGCGUGACCGCCGUGCUGCCCGACUUCGAUAGGUUGGCACCAGAGCAGCAGCUAGCAGCACGCGUCAUCGCUGAGAGAGUCGACACAUCGCUCGCAUGCAGGUGGCCGGAAGACAACAAUCAAGCUUCUUGGUGGCAAUACCUGCAGGUGGACAGACAAUCUGCAGGGGAGCGUGUCACAGCCAUCCUCGGCCCCGCCGGAAGUGGCAAGAGCACAGCCGUGCAAGUAGCCAUCCGCCGAGCGGUGGAAGCCGGGGCGCACGUGGGUGUUGCCUGCCCUACGGGGCUUCUGGCAUCCAAGUACAGGAUCGACAACCCGGACCUGGAUGUGGACACUAUCCACGGCAUGUUCGCGCUGCACAAGGACGAAGUCACCACGCUCGAAAUGAUGAACAUAUACGACUUGGUGGUGAUCGACGAGAUUGGGCAGGUCCCUUUGUGGAUUUUCGAACGUAUCCUGCGAUUGUGGGACGCUGCUGACCGUCGUCCUGCACUGGUGUUGGUUGGUGACUUCUGCCAGUUGACGGGGCCUGACGGAACGACGGCUCAGCAGAGUGCACGGUGGCCGGAGGUGGGCAAAGUAUAUCUUCGCACAAUGAGACGCUGCAAAUGCAGUCAGCUUCGCUGGAAGCUGGAGUUACUCCGCAGCGCCACACCCUCCGGUCGGCAACUUCGCAAGAUCCUGAAGAAACAUAGUGCUUGUGGCUCGGACAACAUGCCAACGGCAGAUAAUGUGGCGAAAAUCCUGCAAAGGACUCCCACAACUCAGUUUGUCACCAUUUCCCGACGAGCUUCGGCUCACUUGAACCAGCUGGCGAUCGAAGCGCUUUUCGACGAGACCCAAUUGCUGGGUUAUGUGCCUGCCGAUCCGGAAGAGAACCAUCGCAACUUUCACGGCCAGACUAGAAUGGAUGCAGAACCUUUCCGAAUGCCCAUAUUCCCCGGUAUGCGUGUCACAAUCACAAAAAACGAAGACAAAGAGCACGGCUUCGUCAAUGGCAUGGGUGGAGUUGUGCAGCAGAUGCGCCGCAGUGGGCUGCAGGUCUUGUUGGACAACGGCAAAGUCGCACUGGUCCAUGCCGUCACUCAAGACUACGAGCUGGCAGACGGGUCUGUGCGACGGGUCACAGCAUUGCCUCUGAGACUAGGGUACAGCAGCACUCUGCACAAAAUUCAAGGGGCAACUUUGGAUCAUGCCACGAUUUGGCUAGAUGUUCCGUUCGUUAGAGGGGCGGCGUACGUCGCUAUCUCUCGAGUGCGAAAGGACGAAAGUUGGCAAUUCCUCGGCCGCAUUGAAAGAAAGCAUUGCGUGCCCGCUAGAUGCGAUUGA